AGAGAACACGAGUGGAGACGGAGAUAGAUACGCAUUGCUAGCAAAAAACGUAUGCAGAAAUACAAAGGCGAAAGGUAAUAAUAUUUUUAUUUUCAUUAGAGCUGUAUUUAAUCCAUCUGAGUGAGAGAUUUUAAAGAGAGAACGUGAAAGGGUAGACAGAGUGAUUAGACGAAGCUAAAGACACUGCAGUGGAGCUGGAAUAUGGAUGCACAGUCUGAGAGCUGUGAACCACCGCCAUGUGACCCUCAGCCUUCAGGUAAAAUCAGGAAAGCCUUCAAGCUGUUCGGCAAGCGAAAGCCAGGCAGCAGUGUCGCCAGCAUCUUCUCCAUGCGAGAGAAAGGAGAUGGAGGCCCUAAAUCACCACCAUCAAUGAGCAAAACUCUGGAUAGAUUAAAUGAGCCUACCGCCCCCGAAGCAGAGGCAGAGCAAGUGGAUCUUGACCAGGAGGAGGAGAGUCAACAGGAGGAUGCCCCAAUGGAGGAGUUCACGAGUGGGAACAUAAAUUCAGAAACCACCCCAACGAGGCAGUCCAUCUCCUCCCUCACAUCUGCUAAGUCCCUGACCUUCCUUAAUAUGCUUCGUAAAGGCCGAAGAGGAGUAGCGGGAGAACGGCAGACUCAGACUGAGUCUCAGAGGCCCGGGCGACAACGCAAAGGCAUAAAGGGAUUGUUUGGUAGUGUACGCUGGCGUGGUAAAGAGAAGGAUGAAGAGGAGGCUGAACCUGGCCCUCCCCUUCUUGCUUCCCGCUCCAACAGUGUUGAGAUUAUAAAGGAGAGUGUACCAUUGACACCUAGGCCAACACCUCGUUCUGUGGAGGAGCAACAGCAGGAGGAAAAGAAACAGUUUCCUACUCCACAAGAGGGCCAAACAUCAUCUGAGGACUCUGAAAAGGUGAGCGAGGCAACAAAACAACCAACAAAUGAACGAUUUAGCACGCUGCUUGGAGAUAUCGCAUCAAUUUUGAGCUUUGAUUCACUGACGGCAUGUGGAGAUAUUGUAGCAGACGUUGAGGCAGAAUGGGUCAAAGCCAGCACUCGAAUGGACGGACCAACUACACUGAAGAUGAAUGAUUCUGAAAAGGAUAAUACUUCAUCUUCUGCAAUUUCAUCCAGAUCAAAGCCCAUCCCUUCUCCUACAUCCACUUUCAGCCCUACCCCCACCUCCAAACCUUCGCCUACUUCAGCGACCAAACCCAUCCCUUCACCUUCCACCAUUAAACCCAUCAGUCCUUUGAUAAAACCUGCAGUUUCCUCAGCAUCUUCUCCAAUGACCAAAUCGUCACCAUCCAUGUCAUCUUCCCCUAUUACCCCUACCCCAACAACCAGCCCUGUUGCUAAACCUACCCCAACCCCAUCAGCUGUGUCCAUUACCCAGUCUACCCCAUUACCAACCCCAAUAACUAGGACAACCCCACCUUCAACAUCUACCCAGUUUAUUCAAACUACCCCAACCCCUACACCUGUAUCAAUUGCACAGUUUGCCCAGGGUACUAUAUUGAGCCCCACAUCUAAAACCACCAUUUCCCCAACCAAACCUGCCCGGUCUCCUAAAUCUAGCCCUGAAAUCAAACCUGCCACAAUACCACCAUCUAGUCCCACAACAACCCCCAUGCCCAAAUCUAUCUCAACAUCGACACACACUCCUGUCUCUGUCUCUACCCCUAUUUAUGAAACCUCACCCCCACCCACAACCCCUGAACCUGCUGCAGUCACAAAAACAGAACCUACACCAACCCCUAUGAUUAAACCCACCCAAGCCCCAACCCAUGAAACAAAACCCACUCUGAGCAUUACCAAUGAAUCUAAACAUGCUACUUCAACCUCUGCAAACAAAUAUACACCUUACCCACCCCCAUUUGGUAAGUCUACCCCAACCCCUGCAGCAACACCAAGACCAAAACUUAUAACAACAUUUGGAUUAUCGACAAGUCGGAAUACAGCUCCUAUCACCAAACCUGAGACAAAGCAGCCCACAGGACAAGCUCCAAAAUCUUGCCAAUCCACCCCCCAAACUGACAAAAGUGGCACAACAUCGAGAAAAGCCUCAGUCUCUGAACCGCCUGCACCCAUUGCUAAAUCCUCUUCUGCUGUUAGCUCUACACCUCAGAGUCCUGUUCUCAAGUCUCCUCCAUGUACUGCUCCACCUCCCAUUUUAUCAAGAAGAGUGGAAGAAGAGGAUGUCAGACAAGAAGGAAUUGACACAAGAGACUCUGUUGCUGCUCAAAGCCUCAACAAGGCAGUAAAAAAGGGUCAUACAGUAAAGCCCACAUCUUUGAGUAAGAUCCCUGUGAGUGGUGGAGGCAGACCUACAAAGCAGCAACAUCAAGAGGCCCAGCCCAAUGGAGAUGAAGAACAUUCAAAUCUACCAACACCGGUACAUGAAGAGGAGAGUCCUUUCUCUCUCUCACGAGAAAGUAGCAGCAAGGAAGCCCUCAGUGAUUACUCCACAGAAUCAGGAGCUGUCACCCCAACCCUCUCCCAAAGCCAAGAGGACAUUCUGUAUGGCAAACUUGGUCUGCAGGCAUCUGCACGUCAUACAGCUAGUUCCACAAGCUUAGCACGGGAGUCCAAGAUCCCAAUCAAACAUGGCUCCACUGCAACCUACCAUUCAGUGCAGGGAAGGGCAGAGGCUGGACGCUCCAAAAUACCUGUGUCCAAAAUGCCCGUCCGUCGGACCAGCAAUAAGCCUGCACCCGCAGCUACAGCUGCCGUCAGCCGAAAAUAAUAGAUAAUAUUAUUCUGGAUAUGAAAAAACCUGAAACAUUCCACUGGCCACAGUCUUCUCAAGAUCUUAUUUUUGAUAUUCAGUCAGGCAUCAGUGUGCCUGUUUUAAGCCUUUUUGCAGCAGAUAUCCUUACAGACUGACGCUGUGGAUUCGACCCUGAGCACCACCAGGAACAGACAGCACACAUAUAGGCUCUGUCUAAAUGAUCCCCAUGGCAACCUAACAUGCAAAUUAAAAGGCAGGCACUAAAGCACAAGAGCCCUCACCUGUAAUCCAAAGCCAUGAAGAUCUUCUCUGUAGAAGCAAGCAGUGCAACAUCCAUUAACUCUAGUAAAGAGCAUAAUCUUGUCAGCAGCAUCAAAAUGGUCAAUAAUGGUCUGAUGUCAUAAUUAAAAGCCUCAGAGAAGAAGCAAGCAAUCCAACAUGGAGUCUUGUGGUUUUUGUCCAGGUCUAUAACACCAGAGGGUCUCAGAAUCAUCAAAAAGGUGCUUUUUCUUAUAUUCCUGGCCUUCCACACCAGAAAACAAACUGUUUUGUUACAGAACAAUGGAGGAUAUUUGUAGCCUUUGUUAUUUGGUUAGUUGGUGUCUGGUGUCUUUUUUCAAUAUUCUUUUUGAAGUGAAUUUUGUGGAUCAGUGUUUGUCUUCUUGGAACUCCCAUGUGUUGUAUGCAAAGAAACAGAAUCUCUUACAUGUACAGUUAAUGCCAAGACAGGAUAUCCCACAGUAUCUUUUGAAUGUAUGUAGCAGAACGCAUGCCCUACUUAAACAGAUGAGCCAUCUCACUUCUCUUCCUCUCCCCACAACGUCCUUUUCCUGAUGUUUUUUGUUUUUUUAACACUGUGUUAAGUCACACAGUGCCUGUCAACUGUGUGUGUAAUAUGUCAUCAAAGAACCAUGUGGCAUACUGUCUGGAUAUAGCUAUGUGGAACAUUGUGUGAGACUUCCUUAAAGAAGUCCAGGGACAGUAGAAGUGGUUUUUCACAGGCAGUUGGUCUUAUAGGUAAGCUGAGACUUUCAUGAAUAACAGGGGUGUCAAGCUUUGGAUGGAUAGGUUCUUUUUUGAAGUUACCAUCUCAUGCACAUGUUCAUGGUGUGUAUGAGUGGGAGUGUUUAUCUUAAUGUCACUGUUUCCUAUUUAAUCAAUAAAAUGUGAUUGAUUAUACCUGGAACAGUUUCAAUGUCAUGCAAUGGUUAAAUGAUAAUGAUUAUUGAGUGAGAUGAGGAUUUGGAAUAUGUUUGAAAUAGAAUAUUGCUCUUGCAAUUUCUGCAUUAUAUUUUAUGUAUACUGUACACAAUAUACAUAUUUUCUCCAGUAUUAAUAGUUAAUGUGCCAAAAUGAAUACUGUAUAAAUAUUAUGUAGAAUACUGUGUCCCACAAGGCAAUGUGCUUAACUUGACCUUCCAUUUCCAGUGUGACGAAUGAACUGGAAGUAAUUAUA